AUGAAGUUUUCAGUGCUCGCUCCAGUCGCUGCUGCCGCCCUUGUUGGCACUACCGAAGCCUUGAACUUCAAGAAUCCUUUCAAGGAUGUGCAACAGCUGCCAUUCAAGUUGGACUACCACUAUGACAAGGUUGCUUCCAGGUUGUCGCAUUUGCUCAAGGAGGAGACGACCAACGAGUUUUUCGCCAAAGUGGCCAGGGUUGUCAAUGAGCCGCUCGAGACAUUGAGCCAUGAAACCAAGCAGAUUUGGCAGGACUUGGUGUUGAACUCCAAGAGCUUUGGCGACUUGCAGUUGACCAUGCCCGGUAAAAGCAAUGUGCAGAAGCAGCAGUUUGACUGCCACGUGACCGACGGCAAGUUGCCCAACCACGGCUUGAGAGUCAAGUCCACCCCCGCGUCGCUCGGUGUAGACUCGGUGAAGCAAUAUUCCGGUUACUUGGACGUGGACGACGAAGAUAAGCACUUCUUCUUUUGGGCGUUUGAAAGCAGAAACGACCCCAAACGGGACCCCGUUAUCUUGUGGUUGAAUGGCGGUCCCGGCUGUUCUUCGGCCACGGGGUUGUUUUUCGAGUUGGGGCCCUCGUCGAUCAACAAGAGCUUGCAGCCCGUCCACAACCCAUACAGCUGGAACAACAAUGCCACUGUCAUCUUUUUGGACCAACCCGUCAAUGUUGGCUACUCGUAUUCGUCUAAAUCGGUCUCCAACACCGUUGCUGCCGGCAAGGAUGUCUACGCCUUUUUGGAAUUGUUCUUUAAGCAGUUUCCCGAGUAUGCCCAGUUGGAUUUCCACAUUGCUGGUGAAUCUUAUGCUGGCCACUAUAUUCCCGUGUUUGCCAGUGAAAUCUUGACCCACCCUGAACGUUCGUUUAAUUUGACUUCGGUCUUGAUUGGUAAUGGUUUAACUGACCCAUUGGUGCAAUAUGAAUACUAUGAGCCAAUGGCGUGUGGCUUGGGUGGAGAGCCCGCAGUGUUGGAUGAAGACGAAUGCCAAUCCAUGAGCGAUGCAAUUCCAAGAUGUCUUUCGCUCAUUAAAGGAUGCUAUGAAUCAGAGUCAGUUUGGUCGUGCGUGCCAGCCACCAUCUACUGCAACAAUGCCGAAAUGGGUCCAUACCAGAGAUCGGGCCGUAACGUUUACGAUAUCCGUACCAUGUGCGAAGGAGGCUCGUUGUGUUACACCCAAUUGGAAUAUAUCGACUCGUACAUGAACAAGCCAGAAGUGCAAAAGGCCUUGGGAGCAGAAGUUUCCAACUUUGAAUCCUGUAACUUCGAUGUCAACCGCAACUUUAUGUUUGCUGGGGACUGGAUGAAACCUUAUCAAAAGAAUGUCAUUGAUUUGUUGGAGAAGGAGUUGCCCGUGUUGAUUUACGCAGGUGACAAGGACUUUAUCUGCAACUGGCUUGGUAACCAAGCAUGGGCCAACGAGUUGCAAUGGUCUGGCUCAAAGGGCUUCCAAAGCGCGGAAGAGAAAGACUGGACUGUGAACAAGAAGGCUGCUGGUAAGUCCAAAAACUACAAAAAUUUCACCUUUUUGAGAGUUUACGGCGGUGGCCACAUGGUUCCUUACGACCAACCAGAAAACGCGUUGGACAUGGUGAACAGAUGGGUUUCUGGAGACUACAAAUUUUGA